AUGAUGCUCCACUAUGGCGACCCGGAUUGGUACAAUCGACAUGUCCUUAGUUACAAGGACCACAUUUUCCCGCCUGAUGAACGACUGGUCACGAAAUUGCCUGCCGAUCAGAGUGCACUGCGCGAGGAGCUGGCCAAGAUCAGAGCUCGCAAGCGUGAGAAGAAAGCUGAGAGGGAGAGGGAGAUAUCAUCCGCCGCGGCCCACACUGCAUAG